AUGAUUGAGACGACACAACUUUUGAUCCUGGGUGCCGUGGUGGCGCUGGGUCUGGUCCUUCUCAAUGGACGUCGACAUGACCCUCGUGAACCGCCUAUGGUCACGCACGGAAUCCCGAUCUUGGGACACGCAUUUGGUUUACUUUUCAACGGUGUAGGUCACUGGGGCGAUCAGGCCAAAAAGCACCCUGAUCAGCCCAUCAUCGGCUUGGAUAUGCUCAUCAACAAGUUCUAUGUGAUCACUUCGCCAGAACUGGUGCAGGCCGUCCAGCGCAAUGCGAAGACUCUCAGCUUUGAACCGCUAUUGCUAUUCAGUGCGAAGACCAUCGCCGGGAUUACCAAUCCCAAAGCAUUGCAGAUCCUCAAGGACAAGGAGGCUGGUGGUGAAGGUCUCGGAGCGCGAAUCAUGCAUUCCAUGACCCCUACUCUGAUUGGAAAACCUCUGGACAAACUGAAUCUCCACAUGAUCCGGCUCAUUCAACCCUUCAUCGAGCAAUUAAGCGAAACGUCCACUUUCGAUCUGUACGGGUGGUGCAAAGACGCCACCAUGGCUGCGAGCACGGAAGCCACAUACGGUCCAAUGAAUCCGUACGCCGACAAGGAGAUCCAGGACGCCUGGUGGAUCUUUGAAGAAAACCUUGGCAUGCUCCUGCCUAAUAUAUGGCCUUCCGUCUUGGCGCGAAAGCCAUACUACGCUCGCAAGAAGGUUGCGGAUGCUGUUUUGAAGUACAUUCAAGCGGACGGCCACAAGAACGCCUCGGAGCUGACAGAUGUGCGCUUCAAGGUAACAGUUGGAGCCGGUCUCUCUCUCGAGGAUUAUUCCUUGCUGGAAGUCAGCAUGCUCCUCGCCUUCAUUUCAAAUACCGUGCCCGCCAUGUUCUGGUGCAUGUUCGAUUUCUUCUCUCGACCCCAAUUGCUCGCGGAGCUUCGCGAGGAGAUCGAGGCUAAUGCACUCAAGGUGGCCGAAGAUGGCACGCACAGCAUCGAUCUGUCUGCCAUCCGGGAAAAGUGCCCACUGUUGCUCUCUGCCUUCCAGGAGGUCCUCCGGUACCGGUCCAUCUCCUCGCCCACGCGGGUCGUCGUUAAGGACACCCUCCUUGCAGACAGAUAUCUUCUCAAGGCCGGAAACAGCGUCAGUAUGCCUUCGCUCCCAUUGUCACAACGGCCGGAUGUAUGGGGAGAAUCUCAGGCGGUGUUUGACGAGCGACGGUACAUGAGCACUGGCGACAAGAAAGAUGGCAGACGCACAGGUGGUUUUAUGACCUUUGGCGUUUCACCCACGGUCUGCCCUGGUCGGCACUUUGCCAGCUCGGAAAUCUUGCUCCUCGCGGCCAUGGUCAUGAUGCGAUAUGAUCUUGAACCUGUCGGUGGGGUUUGGAAGGAGCCUGUCAAGGUCAAGACAAGCAUGGUCUCGAUCACGGGUCCCAUCAAAGGAAAAUUCCCAGUCACGGCAGAGCCUCGUGACAAGUACUCUGGAGUCAAAUGGGGGUUCCACGUCGAAGAAGGCAAAGGCCAAUUUCCCUUGAUUAUUGGGUAG